UUGGAUUUGGACUAAAUUCUGAAUCUAUAAUAUCACCGUAUGAAUAUAUGAAUUCAAUUGAAGGGGCUCAUAUUUCUACUGUUAAUACCUCCUCAUUUGAGAGCAGAAUGGUCCUCUUUUCAUAAGCAGAUAGCAAACCACCUUCAAGCAGACAGGAUUUCCUGGUGUCUCUAAUUUUAACACUUGUGUCUUUUAUUCCAAACAGCUCAAAAUUUCUUGUUGUUAAGUAUUAGGCAGUCAUGGCUGAAAAAGAGGCACACAGGAUGAUAAAUAUUAUCGAAAUAAGAGACAUUGAAUCCAGCAUCAGAACUUCAGAGAAAAACUAUAAGACGUGCCUGUAUGUGACCAUUAGUGGAAUCAUCUUUGGAUUUCUUCUGGCAGUGGGACUGGCACAGCGGGUACAGAUGUCCUCAGGUAAAUGCUGUCCUGACAUGUGGGUGCGCUAUGAAAAGGACUGUUACUACCUUUCAACCAAUCAAACGACAUGGAGUUUGAGUAAGGACGACUGCAUCUCCCGGGGAGCAGGUCUUGUCAUAGCUACGCACCCUGAAGAGCUGAAUUUUCUGCUACUCCAGUGCAGAUCUUUUAUGUCAUUCUGGAUCGGACUGAGGAGAAAUCCUGGGCAGGAAUGGAUGUGGACUGACAAUCAGCCCUUCACUCUUGACAGGGUGAAUAAAAGUGUUCCUGAUGGAGAUUGUGCCAUGCUGGAAAAAAACUGGAUACACAGUCACAACUGCAGCCGCGUGAAACACUGGAUCUGUAAAAUGGCAGCUGACUGAAGUCAGAACAGCACCAGUACAUGUUCAAGACACCUGAAUGCUCUUUUUCUUUAUCUACUGUUACAGAAACGUGCCAUUUUUGGGAAUGAUUUGAAUUUUAAAGUAAAAGAUCAAUGAGAGCCGUGCAUUUUCCAUUAAUGGUAACCUAAUACAGUUUUCAUGAAGUAAUGCUACACCGUUCUGUACCAGCGUAAUAAUAAACGGCAGGCAAAGUCUA